AUGGCCAGGCGCCUUGCUAGUCGUGUGGUCGGCUAUACCACACUAGCCACCGCCGCUACAGCUUACGGCGUGCACUGCGGGCUCUCCUAUCUAGAAGAAAAAUAUCCAAAUCUAUCACCACAUAGCGUCACAAGUGCCGACCUCACCAGACCACAUAUACCGAACCAACAGCGCGUCGCAUACACCGACAUCUUUGCGGCGCGGAUACCUGUCGCAGCCCUCAAGGUGCGAGCACGCUGCACGGACCGGGACACUCAAACAUCAUUGGAGAACAUAUGGGCUCGGUCUAUCCUUGGUGGCCGUAUUCUAAGCACUGAAGCAUCGGUUAUCGGUUUUCUGACGACUGGCAAGUACCAGCCUGGUGACGUGGGAGACGACGGGUUCGCAGCCGAUUCAAGGAGCCCGCAGAAAUUACUUCACGGCGUCGCUACCACGCAACAGGCUCCGGGCAUAGACCGGGAGGGCUAUGGGUUACUAAUCUCCUGGAUCAUGUCUGAUGAGCCACGGCUGUUCUUUGAGAAGAUCGCGCGCUGGGGGUAUCCGUGGCGACUGAUGUCUGGCGGACGGCAUGAGAUGAGCGUGUCGCGGCCAUAUACUGUAGAUGGACAGUGUGAUUUUGUGGAUGUGCGGUUUGCAUCUGCGCAUGACUAUGAGAUUAUCGAGAGCGAAGGGCCUGACGGACAGAAGAUCAUCCCGAUGUGGGUAAUGAGGCUUCAUGCUGGGUAUGCGCGACUCAUACUUGAUACCGCGGUCCGGGAGGUGCUGCAAGACUAUCAGACGAGCCGACAAUGA